GUAGAUGUGUUUCCGUCGCGUGGAUGACGUCACCGAUGUUGGCGGUAUUUUGAAACGUUAGGACGUCUGUCCUCUUUUGCACUGUGAAACUGUGGAUUUGAUCAAAGGAUGGCUGGUGAAGCGGCUAGCCUGGAGGUGGAGGGUCCGCUGUCGGAGGCCGCUCAGGCGGAGCUGCUGGAGCUCUGUGAGGAGCAGUUUGCUCACCUGGAGAAGCUUCAGAAUGAGCUCCUGCUGUGUGAACCACACUUCAGUGACAGCCCGCAGGAACAGAUGCAGAAUAGACUGAUGGCAACGGAAGCUGAGCUGAAGAAACGGCAGACAGAGGAGCCUCAGUUGCUGGCAGGAAAUCCAGACAUUUUGCUUCACGCUGGAAAAGAGGAGGUGCUGAAGCUGUGCUCUCAGCUGGAGACGGUUCUUUCUUGUUGUCAGGCAAAGAGGGACAAACUGCGAGAGACGAAAGAGCUAGAACAGAAAUGGCUGGAGGAGAAGACGCAGGUGCUCAAGGCGGCCAAAAACCACGUUGAACAACUUCAAAAGGAAAAGGAGGACAUUUCAGUGCACAGCAUGCUGCAGGACAUCAAGGAGAAAAUCCAGAAGAUGAAAGCGUACCAGGAGACGCUGAUGGAGUGUCUGGGAGACAUCCUGGAGAAGCACGUUCCUCUUCCUCAGAUGGAGGCUGGCCCCAGCAGGAGGAAGAAGAGCGCGGACUCCCAGAUCAGCCAGGAGCUCGUUUCCCUCAGUGAAAUUCUAGAGGUGCUCAUGAACAAGGCUCUGCAGUCCCCACACGACCCCUACGUCAUCGUGGAUGAAACGUUCUGGCCGCCGUACGUGGAGAUGCUGCUCCGUUACGGAAUGGCAGUGAGGCACCAGGAGAACAGCUUCAAGAUCCGUCUGGGGGCGUUUUUCUGAGACGGGGGCUCUGUCAGCCUGUGCUGCGGCUGGAACACACCUGUGUGCUGUGGGGACGCCUGAAGACCAGCCGGUCUGUGCACCGGCAGAGCCGCUGAACCUGUGAGGGUAGCACCGUUUGAGGUUUUUAAGGUUCUUCGAGUCAUCUAGAGAUGAUUGAGUCCCUGCUUUUUUUUUUUAACUUCAAACUCGAGUGCUCAGAAAGUUGUCUUUUUCUGGUUUGUUUGUCAUCAGAGGCGCUCCUCGCCUCUUCUGGUUUAACUCUUCAUGAGCUCUAAAAGUCUGCCCGCCGUUUCUUCAGCUCAGAUUCUGAGGUCAACAGUUUCUUCUCAAAUGUCCUGAUGCUCCUCUGCUGUGUACAUAUGUAGACUCUGUUCAUAUUUCCUGUGUUUGUAUGACUGCUGUAGUUUAAUAUACAUGUAUGUUGGUUUUGGUGCUGUUGAGACACAAAUAAAGGAAAGAAAUGUCUGACAGCA